AUGCAGAAGCACAGCAAGAAGCCAAAGCCGGUUGAUGAGCUGACAUUGGAUGUCAAGUCUGCAAAGAACAUAGGUGAGCGAUACCGUGAACCGACAGUUUUGACUGAGGAUCAGAUAGAUGACAGAGCAGUUUCCUUUAAGCAGUACACUCGUAGUCGCAACGUGCUGCAAAAGAUGGACGACACAUGGGUUCGGGAAGCCCUCAGAGCCCAAAGAAAAGCCUUGCGAGAGUUGAAACUUAUCGAUCCAUUACUGUAUGAAAAG